AUGGAUGGGAGCCACACGAGGUGUGGUGCGGAUGCGACCUCGCUGCCCGACCCCACCCUCCUGAACGUUGUGCCCCCAUUGAGGUUCGCAAUGGUGGAGGAAGGUGUCUACCGCGGCGCGUACCCCACCUUGCGAAAUUUUCCCUUUCUCCGAGGUCUCGGCCUGCGCACCAUUGUCUCCCUGAUACCAGAAGAACCAACCUACGAUUUGAGCUGCUUUGCCGCUGCGGAGAAUAUCACGCUGCGGUACAUUCGAGCUGAGCGGUACAAGGGUGAAGUACAGCUGCUACCGACGGAGAUGAGCGAGGUACUGCAGUUACUUAUUAACGUUGAACAACACCCAAUUUAUGUUCACUGCUUAGAUGGUCGACAUGUUGUUGGAUUGGUAAUUAUGGGCCUGCGUAAGCUGCAGUUUUGGGAGGUGAACUGCAGCCAUUUGGAAUACCAGCGCUUUACAAGAAGUGUUCAAGACGAGGUUGCAUUCAUCGCUGAUUACAGUGGACCUAUUGUUGUGCCCAUGCACAUCCCAUCCUGGCUCUGGAGAGGCGCCUGGUGUGACGACUCGGGAAAACCCAAACGCAUUCAUGUGGGCAUUCGACUAAAAUUUCCAUCUGUGUUGCGCAGCACGGAAAACACGGAUGGUGCGGCUGCCGGUCCAUCGUGGGGGCGUGAUAGUGCAAGUGGCUCUUUCGCAACGUCCGGUACGAGGGAACUCACCCCAGAGCGUCUUGCCUCAUUUGUGCAGGCGGGAGAUGUUGCCUCAAUCUCGAUAUUGCAUACCGCAAUAGUAGCAUCCAGUACUGGGGAUGGGACUGAUAGCAGGCUAGCGUACGUUGACUUGCCGAGCGUUACACCAGCACAGCUUGUUGGGCUGGCAAAUGAUGCUCGCCAUGCAGCGUGUGCCAUACAAACGGAAAAAUCACUUGCUGCAGAUUUACGUUUCUUGUCUUUGCGCACCUCCGCUGAGACUGUUUUAGCGCCGUCACCAACAACAACAGCAGCAUCGUCACUUCUACCAUCUUCAUCGCGGGGGUGGGACAUGUGGGAAACUUUGUCUACUGCUGGAGGUGUCCCUCGAGCUGGUAGCAGUGCUACGGCCGGGUUCACCUCGAACACUACGGGCGUUGGGAGUGAAUUCUCGGCACUGAGUCAUCCCACGACGCAGCGUGGUACGCCACCAGUUACCUGUGUUUCACUAGGUGAAGCGGAAGAUGAUAUUAGCGGCGUUCAUUUUUCUAUGCAACAUAGUUUGCGUGGGGUAGCGAAUAUCUCACUACAACGAGGGAACGAAUGGAACUUUUCUCCUGCGUCAUUAGCGAAGUACUCUUCACGUUUGCAACGAAAUGCGCAAUACAUCGUUGCAGAAGCAGCUGGCUAUGGCCCACCAGUGGAUUCAGGGAGUAACUCAAAAAAAAAAAGCGACGAAAAUCUCUUUAGUACAUAUAUAUAUAUAUAUAUGUAUUACUUGCGUGUUGUCGGGAAGCUAUGCCUUUGCUUGCGAUUAUAUUUGGUGUAA